UUCUCCUUCCUCCGCGGAGGCAUCGCUGGUCUCGGGGUGGAGCCGAGGGUCCCAGGCGCUGUGUGGGACGCUCGGUGACCAAACUGGGCUGCGGUUCCAAGGGGACCUUUAAGCACUUACAGAUAGUCUGCAGAGAGAAGCCCAGCUAGUCACAACCUGCCUUUCCAGGAUACCCGCCCAAGGGAGCUUCCCAUGGAGGAUGACCCCGAGGACCCGACCAUAUUCACUGCCCACUCUCUGCCCAGGGACCCCCGGCUCCUGGCCCCUGUGACCAAUGCAUACUUGGGCACACGUGUGUAUCAUGAUACAUUACAUGUGAACGGUGUGUACAAUGGGGUUGGAGGGCACACUCACCGGGCCAUUCUGCCCAGCCCUCUCAAUACCAGGCUGGAGGUUCCUGCAGGGACAGGAGAGCAGCUGACUGAAACCUUCAUCCUGGACACCAACACAGGCUCAUUUCUGCACACCCUGGAAGGCCUUAGUUUUCGAAUCUCCCAACGAAUCUAUGCCCACCGCACACUACCCCACCUCCUGGCCUUCAGUGUGUCCAUUGAACGCCUGGCUGCAGGGAGCUGGCCUAUCACGGUGCUGCUGCAUUCAUCCUUCUCCCCAGAAAGCCCAGACCUGGACCUGCAUCUGGGGCCUGACUUCCAGGAAUUCCGGUACCUGUAUGGCCACAUACUUACCCCGGAACAGCCUGGAGAGCCACAGCAGGAGUUACACAUGCUAUGGACACCAGUGCCCUCAGCCCUGACUCUUGGAAAAAGAGAGGAAGACAGGACCUGGGACUUCCUAACCGUGGUGGGAAGUAGCCAGGCUGAGGCCCAGGCCUGCCUGGAUGAGGUCUUGCAGCUACAGGCCCAGGGCACUCUGUACAUAGCUCAUGCACAGGCCUGGGCCCAGCUCUGGGCAGAUUGUGGCUUGGAUGUGGUGGGGCCCCUGGCUCUGCGGCAAGCCCUGCGUGGCUCUCUCUACUACUUACUCAGUGCCUUGCCCCAGCCUGGGACCCAGAACUACAUCUGCCAUGGCCUCAGCCCUGGGGGCCUUUCCAAUGGGAGCCAGGAAGAGUGCUACUGGGGCCAUAUCUUUUGGGACCAGGAUCUCUGGAUGUUCCCAAAUGUCCUGAUGUUCCACCCAGAGGCUGCCAGGGCCAUCUUAGAAUACCGAAUCAGAACACUGGGUGGGGCCCUAGAGAAUGCCCGGAACCUUGGCUAUCAGGGAGCUAAGUUCGCAUGGGAGAGCGCAGGCUCUGGCCUGGAAGUCUGCCCAGAAGAUAUCUACGGGGUCCAGGAAGUCCAUAUCAAUGGGGCAGUGGUGUUGGCCUUCCAGCUAUACUACCUCACCACCCAGGACCUGCAGCUCUUCCGAGAGGCUGGUGGCUGGGAGGUAGUUAGUGCUGUGGCUGAGUUCUGGUGCAGCCGUGUCGAGUGGAGCUCCAAAGAUAAUGAAUACCACUUGAAGGGAGUCAUGCCACCUGAUGAAUACCACGCAGGAGUCAACAACUCUGUGUACACCAAUGUCCUGGUCCAGAACAGCCUGCGCUUUGCUGCUGCUUUGGCCCAGGAUCUAGGUCUGUCUGUCCCAGACCAGUGGCUGGUGGUAGCUGAUAAGAUCAAGGUGCCCUUCAACCCAGAGAAGAAUUUCCACCCUGAGUUUGAUGGGUAUGAGCCUGAGCAUGUUUGCUGUGGGAUGGAUGGAACUGAAGGACCCAGCAAGGUCACGGGGCUUUCUGGACAGGAGCUUCGCCUAUGUCACGGAGCCCUUCAAGGUGUGGACAGAGAAUGCAGAUGGGUCGGGUGCUGUGAACUUUCUGACAGGCAUGGGGGGCUUCCUGCAGGCAGUGCUUUUCGGAUGCACAGGGUUUCGGUGAUCACUGAGGCAGGGGUGACCUUUGAUCCCCUGUGCCCAGCCGGUGUCUCCGGAGUGCAUCUCUCUGGCCUCUCAUACCAGGGGAACAAGCUCAACUUCACCUUCUCUGAGGACUACGUGACAAUUGAAGUCACAGCCCAAGCAGGGCCCUGGGCCCCACCUUUGGAGGCUGAACUGUGGCCAUCGCAGGCCGUGGUCCCCCUGCCACUGGGACACAAGGUCUCCUUUCCCCACUCUGGUGGUCGAAUUCAAAGGGCACCCCAAUAGCUGCCCAAAAAUCCCAGCUCCGAGAAUUUCCUAAGGGAAUCUUUUGAAGACAUUAAACGCCUCUAGAGUUGUAAGAACUACCUUGCGCUCUGCAGCCCGCCAAGCCCCUUAGCCUGGAACCAUUCCCUGACACACCAGGAAUACUGAGCUGUCCCUCUUCACCCCCCUUCUACAUAUCCCCCUAAUCUGCCCCAGCACAAGGCUGUCUGGCAAUAGCUGAACUCUUCUCAGCCUAGACCCUGGGGGCAGGCAGGUGCUCCCCUUAAUAUCAUCCAUCUGCCUCAGGCUGACCCAGCACUUCCAUCCCUUGGUGCCCUACCUUGCUCCCUCUACAGAACCCAGGCUUUAACCUCCAUGCUCAUCUCUUGCUUCUGGUUCCUGGACUGUUCUGGUCACAGGGUGGUGGGCAGUGGCCAGCAGCUCCACUGAGAAAAUGGCUAGUGAGGAAGGGCAUGGGCAAAGGAGAUUGGUCACCUGCAGAAUUUCUCAAGUCUAGCAAAUCCUACAGCUUUAAUAAACUGUGACUUCUCAUAUCA